AUGCGCUCGAGCAUUGCUUGCUCCCGCUGCAGGCGGAGCAAGAUCAAAUGCGUCAAUGCGGGUAUCGACACCACCUGCCGCGCCUGCGAGUCCUCGGGCAGAGAGUGCGUCUAUCCCACACCUGCAAUCGGCACCGCCAGCGCCGCUGCUGCCAAGCGAGACCUUGCCGCAAUGGCUGAUGGAGAGGAGCGGAACGGCGACUGGGAGAGCCCAAAGCGGCAGCGCCCGAGAAAGACGGCACAUUCGGCAGCCUCCGGUGCAAGAGACGCUCACAGGGGGACGAACAGCCACCAGGCCGUCCUCGACCCUACCCUUCUCACUGUCAAAGUCUGGGAGAGCCUGUUCGAUCUGUUCCAGCUUCAUUUCUCUGCGACCCUGCCGUUCUUACACCCCACUACGUUCCUCUCUCAGAUUCGGCAGUUUUCCACCAAUCCCGCGCAAACUGAUACGGCCAGCCGACAGUCGCAGAGUCCAGCACCUCGAGCGGAGCUGUCGCCUUUGGUCCUUCUGGGAGUGUUGACUCUGACUGCCCGUUUUCAUCCGCAGUUGAUUCAACACCAUUCACCCUCAUCUACCGCCCACCCAUCAAACCCUCUCGUAGCUUCCGAAUCCUACGCCAACGCCCUACGCGCCCGCUUGGUCGCAGGCGACGGAGGCGACCUCGCAUCCGCAGACAUCCAUCGCGUCCAGGCCUUCCUGAUGCUAGGUCUGCACGAAUGGGGCAUGUGCCGCGGCACAAACGCAUGGAUCUACGUCGGGAUGGCGAUCCGACUAGCCCAGGCAAUGGGACUCUCCUUCGAAACCGAAAACGACCGCUUCUCGCGUCGCAGCUCCCUCCACUCGAACCUCGACCAGAAGGAUCAGAAUUCAGACGACAUCAUCGAGCAGGAGACCAGGCGACGCACGUUCUGGAGCUGCUUUGUCAUGGACCGGUGUCUCAGCGGUGGCAAGUUUCGCCCGAGGAUGGUCAAGGUGCGAGAUGUCGGCAUCCAGCUCCCGAGCGACAAUGCGUUUGCGUUCGGUGAGCGCGUGCGAACGUCGCGCCUGGGUGAGAAUGCUGGUAAUCGCCGAUCGCAGAGCUUCGAGCCCCGAGUGAUGCCGGGCCUGCGUCAGAACGUGGGAUUAUCCGACGAUCUGAAGCUCCGAGCUAACGGAUCGAUCCUGAGCGACCCGAAGCAGUGGUCGAACGCCAGUCAUCGCAGCGACGGAGUUGAGAAUGGAAUUGAUCGCUGGGAAGUCGGCGCUGAAGAAUGUGUUCUGAGCAGACUAAUACGCAUCAUUCGUGUUUGGGGAAGUAUUGCGAAAUGGUCGUGUGCCGGUGGACGAAGAAUUGACCAGUACCCUCCGUGGCAUCCCGAUUCGCAGUUUAAUCGGCUGAAAGAACUCCUGAUCGAGUUCCAAGAGGGCCUGCCGCGAAACCUGCAGUACAGCGCACGAAACACCGAUACCCACAUCAUGUACAAGAACACGCUGGCGCCGUAUUCGCUUAUGCAUAUCAUUUACUUUCUGUCGGUCAUUGUGCUACAUCGGUCCUAUGUACCGUUUUUGCCUCUGCGCGGCAUGGAUCCGCAGGGACCGAUGGACGAGCCUUCGUUCCCCGCCGAGGGCUUCCGGAGAGACAUCACUCGGGAGGUCUUUCGAGCCUCUCGACAUAUGAUCGAGCUUGUCAAGACCUGUUAUGAGCGCGGCGUUUUGAUGGAGACUCCCCUGGUUGGAUUUGCCGUCUACAAUGCUGCUUCCAUGGGCGUUUACGCGGCUCACUUUAACCAUAUGGACCAGGAAGGUUACAUCUGCUCGAAACCUAGCUCGACCGAUGUCAUGCCUGGUCUGGGCGGCCAGGGACAAGCGGAGAUCCGCAGGGCCGUUGAGAUCCUUGGGAGUAUGAGGUCGCGACUUCCAAUGGCCGUUGGCUGGUUCCGCACUAUCAACAGGCUGCAUACGUUCUUUGUCAAAGCCAGGCGAGACUACAAGCGUACGGUGCGGAGCCGGGAAAGUUUGACACCGAGUGGAGAGCUGCCCUUUGGUGGUAAUCCUGAUGAAUUGAAGCUCUUGGAGAAGAUCUUCACAGAUAUGGGCGUUGCAGAGGAUCAGACUCCCGACUCGAAUGGCCUCAGCGACGAGCCGGUCGCGCCUCAUGUCAAUGGGACCGACCAUACUAAUGGCAGUGAUGCUGGAAGCAAUCAUGUCAGGAGCGAAUCUGGUGAUGCAGCAGAGGCCAACGGCGACAGCACCACGCGACGAGAGACCUGGGUUCCUGUCAACAGUGCCGCUCACGAGUCAAACCGAGAGACAGAAAGACUCGAUUCCACCAUCCUUCGCCCGAUCGAAAGCGAUCGAUGGGCAAAUCUCCCAGGACCCCCUGCACCACCUUCAUACAGUCUCCCAUCUAUCCAUCAGCAUAACCUAGCACCGCCACCCUCCAGCACUCCACAAUCGCUCUCCUCUUCGACAGUAUACUCCUCUUCACCAUCUUAUCUUCCGUCUGCAAAUAACCGUCUCCAACCACUCCAGCCCUGGCCCACCGCCCGUCAACCUCCGCCUCCUCCAUACUCGCAAUCCCUUCCUGCUCUGAAUGCGGCCGCACAGCAAAACUUCCCCAUGCCUCCCCUCGCCACCACACAACCACCGCCGCCUCCUCCUCAUCUUCCCUUGCAGCUCCACCAGCAUCACCCACGUCUUACUCCACCACGCCUCCUUGACGGUGCAGCGUCGCGCAUAAUGUCUCCAGUACCUCCCGACCCCGGAACGAGCACCGUGUGGACGAGCAGCCUAGGCGGAGACGACGUGAUUGCAUUUGUGGAAGGUGAAGGCUUAGAGAAGUGGGCAACAAGCAGUGCUACGCCGCACGUUGGAGUGCAGGGCGGAUGGUUGGCGACGAUCUGGGAUGGGUACGGGCAUUAA